AUGGCGAUGGCAGCAGGUACGCAGGUGUACAGUGCUGGAAGCUUGAAGGGUGUGGGUAUCCCCGUCAAGCUCAUCCACGAGGCAGAGGGCCACAUCGUCAGCGUCGAGCUGAAGACUGGUGAGAUCUUCCGAGGGGAGCUCCACGACGCGGAGGACAACUGGAACGUUCAGCUAUCCAACAUCACUGCCACUGGACGUGAUGGGAAGGUCUCCCACAUGGAGCACAUCUUCAUCCGAGGGAGCCAGAUCCGGUUCAUCAUCAUCCCCGACAUGUUGAAAAACGCACCGAUGUUCAAGCGCAUCGACCCCAAGAACAAGAUGAAGAACGUGGCACUUGGCAUGGGAGGCCGUGGACGGGGAGGGCGGCCAUGA